CUGUCCUGUGGUCCGUCUCUCUGUGUGUACCGGUUGGUAGAGGGUGCCUGGACUGGAGGAGGGUGAACUCUGUGCUUUUUAAAAUCUCAAAUCAAAAUAUACAAUGUACUACAAAUUCAGCGGGUUCUCCCAGAGACUCAUCGGAUCUGAGCCGGCCCCCGCCUACUGCCCUCAGGGGCUGAGACCGGGUGUGCCUUCGCAGCCCCAGCCCCUGAUCUUCGCCACCCCGACCAAAGUGGCGUCCCAUUCAGGAGAGGCGGUGCAGUACCUGGGGGCCAACAGAGUCCCCGACCUGCAGAGGCUCUUUCAGAGGUCUGAUGGAGUCCCUGUCCACCUGAAGCGGGGUGUUCCUGACAAGCUGCUGUACAGGACCACCAUGGCACUGACGAUAGGAGGGACCCUCUACUGCCUGGUAGCGCUUUACAUGGCCUCCCAGCCCAGGAAACGCUGAUCGGCAGCUUCCGACAGGCGCAUCGUGUUAGCAUAAAUGAUCUAAAAAAAACUAAAACAGUCGUCAACUCAACAGCCUCAUGUAAAAAUUGAUCCAGCUAUGAUGUAUACUACUAUAUAAUUUCUAAUUUUACUUCCAUUUACAAGACUGGUUUCGGGUCUCAUCCAUUAAGAGUUUUUUUGUUUUAAGGGACUGGCUUAACUUACUGCAGCAUCAACUGAGCAGGCAUGGAAACAUACAUUGUUUGUAUGCUAAUAGACCAGAGGUGUGCAAACCCCCCAUCCUUCCAAGGAUGCUUAAUUAGGCCACGCGAAAAAGCAAUGACACAUUUUAUUAGGAUUGCAUGAUUCAAAUCCUUAUAAUAAUUUAUUCAAAAAUCUAAAACUUCCAUGCAGCUCUGCAAUGCGUCUUGCAGUAGUCUCUUUGGGUGGUGCUGUGCUGCAGGUUUAUGUGAGCACAUUUAGCUGGGAUGGUUUAAGCAGGGAAGACAGAUUCAAGGUAAACCUGCUAAUCAAGAUCAGAUGGAAGUGCUGGGAUUUUAUUGGGUGGGUUUGUCAGCUUUUGUGACAAUGGGACGAAAAAAAUAUAGCUAGCAUUAUUAUUUGUAUAAAACAGACCCGCAACAAGAAGAUAUCAGAAUGGUGUAACUGUCAGAAAUACUGUAAUUAUCACAGUGGUUGAGACACCGCGCUGCUGGUUGCAAUGUGUCACUUGUGUUGCCUCACUGUUAUAUUGUCACCACAACUUGGGAUGCAUCUGUUGUCCUUGUACUUUUGGGAAAUAGAAAGAUAUUUUAUUUGUAAAGGCACAUUUGAAAAAUACAAUUGUCUUGCUCUUUAAUUUUAAAUGCAGCAAUAAAAAGUAUUGCAUUUAUUGUG